AUGCUCCGUCUCAUCCUGCGGCUCAGGCCGUCCUCCGGGCUCCCCUGUCCCCGUGCCCUCCCGGCCGGGCCUGCUGCUCUCGGUUCCCGCUCCGUGCCCGGAACCGGCUGUCUGAGGAGACUUCACCACGGAGCGGGGUCCCGGACCGUGUCUCUGAGCUCCUGCCUCGGCCACAGAGGGACUCUGCUGCGGUGUCCCCAGUCAGCGGGCAGCUGUCAGGGCACACGUUUCUACAGCCUGCCGCCGCACCAGAAGGUGGAGCUUCCCGCGCUGUCGCCCACCAUGCAGACAGGAACCAUCGCUCGCUGGGAGAAGAAGGAGGGCGAAAAAAUCAGCGAGGGUGACCUUAUGGCUGAGGUGGAGACUGAUAAGGCCACUGUCGGUUUUGAGAUGCUGGAAGAAUGUUAUCUGGCAAAGAUCCUGAUUCCUGAAGGGACGAGAGACGUCGCCGUCGGAGCAGUGAUCUGCAUCACGGUUGAUAGCCCCGAUCUCAUCCCUGCCUUUAAAGACGUAACGUUGGACUCGAUCAAAGCAGCGGGUCCCUCACCGGUUUCCUCCGCUCCUCCUCCUCCUCCUGCUGCUGCUGCUGCAGCUCCUCCUGCAGCUCCGGGCAGCUCUUACCCCACACACAUGAAGAUCACUCUUCCUGCCCUGUCUCCCACCAUGACGAUGGGAACAGUGCAGCGCUGGGAGAAGAAGGUUGGAGAGAAGCUCAGUGAAGGAGAUCUGCUGGCUGAGAUCGAGACCGACAAGGCGACCAUCGGCUUUGAGGUGCAGGAGGAGGGAUAUUUGGCCAAAAUCAUGGUGCCAGAGGGAACUCGGGACGUUCCGCUGGGAACCCCGCUCUGCAUCAUCGUAGAGAAAGAAAGUGACAUUGCUGCUUUCAAGGAUUAUGUAGAGACCGGAUUGGCAGAGGUUUCCACACCAGCUCCAGCUCCAACUGCAACUCCAGCACCGGCUGCCGCCCCAGCACCCAGUCCUGCUCCCGCAGCCGCCGCCCCUGCAGCACCCAGGAAGGGUCGCGUGUUUGCCAGCCCGCUAGCCAAGAAACUGGCUGCCGAGAAGGGAAUUGACCUGGCACAGGUCAGCGGUUCUGGUCCUGAUGGACGCAUCACCAGGAAAGAUAUUGACGGUUUUGUUCCACCAAAGGCUGCACCCGCUGUCGCUGCUACUCCCACUCCAGUUGCCCCUGCCCCUGCUGCCGCUCCUGCUGCACCAGCUGGCACCUUCACAGACAUCCCGAUCAGCAACAUCCGCAAGGUGAUCGCUCAGAGGUUGAUGCAGUCCAAACAGACCAUCCCCCACUAUUAUCUGUCUAUAGAUGUCAACAUGGACCAAGUGCUCGAGCUUCGGAAGGAACUCAAUGCUGAAGUGAAAGCCCAGAAUAUCAAGCUUAGCGUGAAUGACUUCAUCAUCAAAGCCAGCGCUCUGGCCUGCCUUAAGGUUCCUGAGUGCAACUCCUCCUGGAUGGACACGGUCAUUCGCCAGAAUCACGUGGUGGACCUGAGCGUAGCAGUGAGCACAGCCAGCGGCCUCAUCACACCCAUAGUGUUUAACGCACACACCAAAGGACUGGCAACCAUCAGCACUGAUGUGUCUGCGCUCGCUGCCAGAGCGAGAGAAGGCAAACUGCAGCCGCACGAGUUCCAGGGAGGCACUUUCACAAUCUCUAAUUUGGGGAUGUUUGGCGUCAAGAACUUCUCUGCGAUUAUCAACCCUCCCCAGUCUUGUAUCCUCGCCGUUGGAGGUUCAGAGAAACGGCUGAUGCCUGCUGAUAAUGAGAAAGGGUUUGACGUAGCCAGCAUGAUGGCGGUGACGCUGAGCUGCGACCACCGGGUGGUGGACGGGGCGGUCGGCGCGCAGUGGCUCGCAGAGUUCCGCAAGUUCCUGGAGAAACCCGUCACUAUGCUGUUGUGAUUGGACUGCACUGCCGUUAGAUUGCAGCGACAGGCCGAGGCCUUCUCACCAAGAGAUCCGAUCGGUCUAAUCUGGUCUGGAUUCUCCUGUGAUUAGUCGGUCUGACACAAGGUCACUCCCAGUUCCCCUGAAAGGGAAAGACGCAGAGCUCACUCCACUUACCUGUCUGUCUCGCUGUCUCUCCUGUCUUUCUCUCCUCUCGCUCAUCUUCUAUUUAUUAAGGCCCCCCCCAAUUUAUGAGAAACCAGAAAUAGGUUUAAGUUAUGCUAGACUAGAGGCUGGCCAUAUGUCAUUAAAACACUGAUAAUGUUUUACAUGUUCCAUGUCCACCCAGGAAGCAGAUUUAACCAGAUACUUGCGUGUGUGUGUGUGUGUGUGUAUGUGUUUGUUUCUGAAUGUGAUAAAGACAACAGGAAGUGCAGCUAUGUGUAAGUCUUUUAAGUAAAGGGUUGUGAUUUUUGUCUGCAUGCAGGCAAGAAGACGUAAUGUAAGCUGACUCUGAGACACAGACACCCGAUCCACGCACACACACAUGCACACGCACACACACACACACACACACACACACACACACACACACACACACAAAAAACCUGUCCCUGUCAAGCGGCCGCACACAAUUUGAAAUAUGAAGUGUGUUUUCUGUGGGUUGGUGUGCAUAUUUUUAACUGUGGGACGAACACAGUGCUGUACAUAUAUAUAUGGUGGUGAGCUCUGAUGAGGCCUCGCCAUAUAGUUUAAGAUCUGUACAGUCAAACACUCUCAGAAGAAGUACUGAGAGUGUUUGAAGUACUGACAUUUUCUCUCUUUGGUUUUGUUAUUCAGUUAAUCCGUUACCUUCUAAAUUCUUCUGUUUCACAGCUGGAACGCACAAAGCUGGUGCUGAAUGUUAUUUGUUGUUUUAAGUAAAUUGGGAGAAGUCAUUCUGGUGCCAUAGACUCUUUGUUUUUUUUGUUUUUUAUCACUCUACUUACUGUAAAGGGCCCACAUUAAAGAGUGUGAUCAAAGAAUCUGAAAUAUUCUGGAAAUUAAAAAUAUAUUUAACUUGGUUAAAGUAUCCAAAACCUCCGGCCUACUUUUUUCCGUCUUAGUGCUGCAUGCCAAAAGGAAAAAAGUAAAGAUCUCGGCCUGCAGUCAACCUGCUUGUGUGUUUUCUCAAGUAUCUGGGUCAGUGGCUGAUUAAUAUCGGCCCACACACACACACAAUAAAAAAAACAACAACCCCACAGCACCUGAAAACAGGCUCAGACUUCCUGCCUACAAAUGAGUCUAUGUAAGUGCUGUCUUAAUCUUUUCAGUCCUUUUUUGAAAAAAUCAUAUUUUUAAACAUAAAUUUACUUGUUUUUAAAGAAAAGGGACAUGAACAAGACGACAGCAGUUUUUUGUUUCCGUUACAGGAAGACGCUGAUGCCAUUGAAGUGAUAAAAGGUCACGUUUGAAAACCUGAAAAGGUCACAUGUUGCUUUGCUGCUCACGUUCUUUUUGGUCCACUCCAACUUUAAUCUCUCAUAAUAAAAUCAAUCUGUGGACCACUGUUGUCAAUAAUCCUUGUACAGCUCAAUAAAUG